AUGAGGUUAACAGGAACUGUCCUGUCUCCACCUGUUCUGGUUCCACCCGUUCUGGUUGCUCCUGUUCUGGUUUCACCUGUCCUGUCUUCACCUGUUCUGGUUCCACCCGUUCUGGUUGCUCCUGUUCUGGUUUCACCUGUCCUGUCUUCACCUGUUCUGGUUCCACCCAUUCUGGUUGCUCCUGUUCUGGUUUCACCUGUCCUGUCUUCACCUGUUCUGGUUCCACCCAUUCUGGUUCCACCUGUCCUAUCUCCACCCUUCCUGUCUCCACCUGUUGUGUCUCCACCUGUCCUAUCUCCAACUGUUCUGUCUCCACCUGGAGGUGGAGUCGGUGGAGGUGACACCGUCAGCUCCCAGCAGAACCCGGACAGCAGACACCUGAACCCACCAGAACAUCCACUUCCUGUGGAGAAUGUGUGUGAAAGCCGAGACCUGAAACUGCAGAAUGUGGCUGAAGCUGAAGCGUCAAUGUGUCGCAGGAAGUUCAAACCAACUGAAGACGAAAAAGAAACCAAACUAAAUCCUCCUAAACCUCCUGAACCUCCUGAACUUCCUGAUCCUCCUGAACCUCCCGAUCCUCCUGAACCUCCUGAUCCUCCUGAACCUCCCGAUCCUCCUGAACCUCCUGAACUUCCUGAUCCUCCUGAACCUCCCGAUCCUCCUGAACCUCCUAAACUUCCUGAUCCUCCUGAACCUCCUGAUCCUCCUGAACCUCCUGAACUUCCUGAUCCUCCUGAACCUCCUAAACCUGACACACUGGACCUUUAA